CUUCACCUUGUAAACCGCUAUCCAGAUCAAUUUACCCUGCAUCUGGUAUAGAGUUACGCACGACGACGCCUAGCCAUCACACGUGCAACACUUCUAAUACAACGAGGCAUUACAAGUAGGGUCGCAUAACACCAAGAUGCAACAGCAGGAGGAAUUUAUUGUAACGGACUUGUAUGGAUUUCCCCUUAAGGUUAAACCUUUUAUGGAGGAGGAGCGACGCGCGUGCGAUGCGAAUGCGGAGCGCGAGCAGGCAGCAUGGAUGCCGUACAUUGAGAAGGAUCGAUUGCCAAACAACAAAGACAAGCUGAAGGAAAUGAUUCGGAAGGGCGUGCCUCCCACGCUGCGGAACUGGGUUUGGAUGGAGACUAGUGGGGCCAAGAAGAAGAAGGCAGCACAUGCAGACUCCUACUACUCCAUUAUGGUCAAGGCCGGGGAGGACUCGCCGUACAAGAAGGACAUUGAGAUGGACUCCCAACACACCUUCCCCGAACACCCCUGGCUAGCUAGCGAGGACGGUCGGGUGGCUCUCACACGCGUGCUGCAGGCCUACAGCAUGCACAACGACCGCGUGGGCUACGUGCGCGCCAUGAACAGCAUCGUGGGCCUGAUGCUGGUGUCGCUCAACCGCAACGAGGAGGCGGCGUUCUGGCUGCUGGCGGCGCUGGUGGAGGACAUACUGCACCCGGGGACCUACAGCCGCAACCUGGAGGGAUGCCAGGUGGAGAUGCGCGCUCUCUCCGAGCUGGUGGCCUCCAAGCUGCCCGUCCUGGCGGCGCACUUCGCCUCCCUGGACUUCCAGAUCUCCAUGCUGGCCACCGACUGGUACCUGGGACUGUACUCCACCUCCCUGCCUGCGGAGACUGUCAUGCGCGUGUGGGAUGCGCUGUUUUUCGAGGGCCCCAAGAUCCUGUUCCGAGUGGCUCUGGCGCUGCUGACGGUGUACGAGCAGCCCAUGCUGACCGUUAAGGACGCAGGGGAGCUGAUGCUGCGCAUGCGCCGAGCGGCCUCCACCAUGCACCAGCGCGACGUGCUCAUGAACCGCGCGUUCGAGGCUAUCGGCUCCCUGCCCAUGGCAACCAUCGAACGCAUCCGCGAGCAGAAGCAGCGCGAGGUGGAGGAGGCGGUGGCCGGCAGGUCCGGAGGCGGCGCCGCCAGCAGUGGCGGGGCCGGGACCCUGACCAGCAGCAGCAGCGGUGGCGCCAAUCCUGGCGUGGAGAAGGCGGCGGAGAAGGUCAAGCAGGGCUUUGGCAAGUUCAUGGCGGGUAUGAGCAAGCUGGCCAACAACACGGCGGAGCAGCUGGCCAAGAUGAACACCCGGGAUGAGGCGCAGGGGCCGCAGCAGCUGGGGCAGGGGCAGCCACAACAGCCGCCGCAGCAAGGGGUUGCUCCGAGUGAGCAGCCGUCCGGGAAUCCUUUCAUUUGAUUAGGCGGGGGCGAGUCACAACGAGUCGGGCAGGGUCCAGACCAUCACAGGCCAUGCUUCCCAUACGAGUGUGUAAUCUACGCUGCGUGGUCCAUAGUCGUUAACUCUUUCGUAAGUACUGGCUUCCUUAUAGUGGUAGUAUGCUGCAUGAAGAGCAUUUAGGGCUGAGAGCACACACGCCGAAGGGCGCGUUUCUUGGCUUUUAGCCGAGGUUAUCAGAAUGUGUGGUGCGCGUGGAUAGCGUUGAGGGGACAGUGUAGAGGCUGUGCGUUGGGGGGGCAGCGACGGACCGAAUGUAUGUAUACCGAGUGUGACUGUGUGUUACGGUGGGGAGGGGUGUUGCCCUCUGGGCACAACAUGCGUAUGUAAUCGCUCCAGCAGGUCACGUAUUGCCGCAUGCAACAGGGGUUAGCUGUGUCGUCGUUCUUUCCAUUGCGCCACGAGGAGGGAGGGUGCCUGCAUGGACGGUUGGCUGACGUGUGUAGGCUUCAUUUUACAGGAAACGAAGGGGGGUCAGUGGAGGUGUGCAUCGUGUGUAGUACGUGGCUGGUUGAAGUGUAUCGCACAUGACCGGUUUUCCACCCAUACACAGAUAUACGGGCUUAGGGCUACAAAGUUUAGGGCUACAAAGUUCUUGCCUUGAGGUGUGUUUCUACCAGAGACGGGAUUCUUGUUGACAAGGUCUCGGUAAGCCCUUUGCCCUUACCUGAUGCAUCAGGAUAGGACUGGUGGAUGGUCAAGCAAGCGGUACGGGAUGG